AUGACAGACUCUGGAGCGUUGGUGACGGUGCAGAAGAUCUACUACCCCCUGCUGUGCUCUGUGGGGGUCCCAGGUCAGUCUGCUGUGCUCUGUGGGGGUCCCAGGUCAGUCUGCUGUACUCUGUGGGGGUCCCAGGUCAGUCUGCUGUACUCUGUGGGGGUCCCAGGUCAGUCUGCUGUGCUCUGUGGGGGUCCCAGGUCAGUCUGCUGUGCUCUGUGGGGGUCCCAGGUCAGUCUGCUGUACUCUGUGGGGGUCCCAGGUCAGUCUGCUGUGCUCUGUGGGGGUCCCAGGUCAGUCUGCUGUGCUCUGUGGGGGUCCCAGGUCAGUCUGCUGUGCUCUGUGGGGGUCCCAGGUCAGUCUGCUGUGCUCUGUGGGGGUCCCAGGUCAGUCUGCUGUGUUCUGUGGGGGUCCCAGGUCAGUCUGCUGUGCUCUGUGGGGGUCCCAGGUCAGUCUGCUGUGUUCUGUGGGGGUCCCAGGUCAGUCUGCUGUGUUCUGUGGGGGUCCCAGGUCAGUCUGCUGUGCUCUGUGGGGGUCCCAAGUCAGUCUGCUGUGCUCUGUGGGGGUCCCAGGUCAGUCUGCUGUGCUCUGUGGGGGUCCCAGGUCAGAGACUUUAGCGUAAGUUAA